AUGGGUAUAUUCGAUUCUAUCAGAAGGAGAUCAUCUUCUUUCAAAGACACUUCAUCUAUCCGACCUACCAGAUCAAGGACGACCAACACCACAUCAACAGGCUAUUCAACAAGAUAUUCUUCUGCCCCUACCUCACGAUGUCCUUCUCCAAUCUCACGUACUCGCUCUGACGAACUCUCAUCAAUCAUCUCCCGAUCAGUCCAAUACCCAAAUCCAACUUCGACUCCUUCUCCCGGAGAAUCUAAUUCCAGUCAAAGCAUAGAUCUGGGGUUAGCAAGGAUUAAAUUCAACUUCUCUUCUUUAUCUAUCAAGCUCAAAUCUCAUAAACAACUUGACCUCAAUCUCAAUCAAGAUGAAAAGAAAAAAGGUGGACCUGAAGGAUUCCGAUCAUUCGUUCAAAAUGCCAAAAAUCAAAAUCCAGAUUACAGAAAAGAAAAAUUGAAAAUUAUGAAACCUGUUUCUUCUAAAGAUGGGUUCGGGUGGUUGAUGGAUAGGAAAAGGAAUGAUAGGGUUGAUGAAUGA